UCAUUUCUAGGGUUUGUUUGAUUCUCCGACAACGAUGAAAACCGAGGAUGUGACGGCGAAAAGAGAUUCGACAGAGGUGGAAUCUGACUCUUCUGUCUCUAAAAAAUCGAAGAUCGAAGAUGAAGAUGAAGACGACACAAGCAUAGAAGACGAAGUCGAUAGCGAUAGCAAUAACCCAUACUUAUGGAGUACCGACGAAGAAGACGAUGACUCUCCGACAAUCAACUAUUCAAACUUGCAAGAUCCGGAACCGGAGUGGGACAAGGACAGUUACGACGACCACGAAUUGGUAUUCGAUGCUGACGGCCGCAAAGGUUUCUCCAGCGACAAGGCGUAUGAAGAGUUCCGCGAGUAUAAAACCAUGUGCUUUAAGAAUAGGGGGUUUAUAGAUGAUCCAUUCAGAUCCAUCUACCCCAUUAGAGAUCUGGAGGAUCUCUGGACAACCACAACUAAUAGGCAAUAUUUGACAGAUAUUGCUUCCCUCUGUGUUAAGAAACUCAACAAGGAGAAGGGUUCGUCUGUGGAAGUUGUAAGCAUUGUGAGAGGCAAUCUUAAACCGGGAGGUGGGUGGAAGCUUUACAUCACCUUUAUGGCUCAAGAGCAUCCCGAUGGUCCUCUCCUGGAGUAUCAAGCCAAGGCCAUGGAUUUUGCAGGAAACAAAAAACCUCCCUUUCCCAUUCUCUGCAGACCAUCUUGUAGCAUAUCCUAAUAUAUCUAUGACUUGCACAAGGUUUAUUUAUUAUUCAGUGUAACUACUUAUAGUAGCUGUGACAAUAUUGUUUUGAAUGGACGUAAAGAGAAACUGAUUUUCUUAAUUAUGGGAAUAUUUUGAAUGUAGUUUCGGAUGACUGUCUUUCAGAAUUUCGAAUCUUCAAUCUAAUCAUUGCAAAAUUGGUAUGUUGUUGCUGGUCUUCGUCGAACACAAAGAUCAAAGUGUAUUGAAUUGAUGUUUUCCAGUUAUAAGUAAGCUGAGUCCGAGGUGGGUUUAGGUUUUGUCUUAAUGAUAGCUAUAUGUCUUUGGGUACCUACACUUGGCACUCAUACAUUGAGGGGAGAUGUUUGCUGUCAGAUAACCUGGUCAUGUUUAUAUUACUCAUAUAACGUUAGGUUGUUGAUUAAUAAGUUUCUGUUUAUUUGGCCUAAUAACUGCUAACUGCUUUAAUACAUGCAAAGAGAAAAUACAUUUUGAAGGUUAGUACUGAUCGCUUCAAAUAGAAACUUGUUGUUUUGUUUUCGUUUGAUGAGAGUGUGUUUUACUUACUUAGGGUACGACUGUGGAACUUGGAAGUAUCGUGAGAGGCAAUCUAAAAGCAGGAGGUGGGUGGAAGCUUUACAUCACCUUUACGGCCCGAGAGUAUCCGGAUGGUUCUCUUGUAGAGUAUCAAGCCAAGGCCAUGGAUUUUGCAGGAGGCGAAGAACCUCCCUUUCCUAUUCUGUGCAGACCAGCCCCUACCAUCUCCUAAUACAAGACUUGCAUAGGUUUGUCUUGAUGUCAGCUAUGUCUUUGGCGCUUGUACGGUCUAAAUAUGUAGCUUAAUAGUGGUCUAAAUUAUGUUUAGUGUUUAUUUAUAUUGUUGAUAUUUUAAAUAAGGAUGAUAUUUAUACUCGACACUCUUGCAUUGAAGGGAGAU